AUGCGCAGUUUGUUGGAUGGCAUCACGUCUGCACUGCGCAUGCCGCUGCAGCUGCGGCAGAGGGAGGACGAUGAACAACAGCCGCUGGGGUGCAGGGGGGCCACCGCCACCACCACCGUCGUCCCCUCACUGCGUGGGAAAGAGCCCACCAAUGUAAAGGAAACCGGGUUUCCCCUGGGAUCGUUGCUAUACGGUGGCAGUAGUGUUUCGUGUGCUUUUGCGGCAGAGAAGUCACCGGACUUGCCCUUCACAAUGCUUCUCCUGACGCAAAACGUUGGGGGUCUUUGGUCCUCCUCUGAUGCUGUGAGUGGGGAAGACGCGGAGGUCGCAGAUGGUGCUCCAGAGACGGUACCCACAACAGGAGUAUCCGACCGUGUGCGGAGGCGUGUAGCGGAAUUCUUACAGGAGCUUCGUCUUUUAAUUUAUGAGGCGAGUCGUCGCGAAUUUGCUUCACAUCUUCGGAAGGACAGGGUGAAUACGGAGAGCAGUGGAUCGCCAUUGAGGGCGGCUGACAGUUCCCAUAGCGAAGUGCCGCCGCUGCUUGACGUCAUUGUUGUACACUUUCAAGAGAUUGGCGGGAAGAAGGUAAAUACGGAGUUGAACGCUUUUUUCGCGGAGGCUCUCAGGGCAGUGCUGCCGGAGGCGGCGUGGUCGUCGGGUCUUCUUAUGGAAACCAACAACGACGCACAACGAUUUACGGCGUUGGGGUCGAUUGUGUUCCUUUCGCACCGCAUGUGCCCGAUCAGCAGCAUACUUUCGUUCCGACACCGCACCUUUGUUGCUGUUGCUGAUGAUCCUGCGACUUACGGAAGUUCGCCGACGUUUCUCUUUCACGGUGGUAAAUUCUCAGGUGAUGCGUCGGCGCGCAAGGGGUAUCUACUGACGUCGCUGCGCUUCGGCACAGUAGUGGUGAACUACCUCAACAUCCACUUGCACCAUGACGCUCGAAACACAGAGGCGGCAGUGGCGAGCCCCAGCCCGUACGCGGUGCGGCGCCAGGAGGCGCUUUUGGAGGCGAUGGCUGAAUGCAUGGUUUUUGCUGAUCCACAGGAUCCCCUCUUUAUUUUUGGUGACUUCAACACCCGCCUGGACACCCAAAGCCUGCUGAAGCACCUUAAAGAGUCCCAGCAGAUGGAACUGCAGCUCUCCGCAAAGGACGUGCAGGCACCGGAUGAUUUUUGGGAGCUUUUCACAGAGUCCCAUCACGCAGGUAUGAUUAAGAGAUUUGACGUGGAGCUGCAGCGCUUGAUGGAUAUGGUGGCACAACAGAGCGGGGUGGAGCUGGCGGAGUUUGCCAUACGCUUUCCCCCGACGUACUCGAGACUUCCCGUGAAGGGGCCCAUAAGAAGUCGUCCAAAGUCAAAAAAUGACGUAGAAGCUGGUGAAGGCGACGAUGGAGGCGAUGCCGAUGACGACGAGCUUAUGAAGGGGGGUAAGAAGAGGGGGAAGAAAAAGUCCCGGACAGAGACAAGUCCUGGUGAGGCUGCGGUGCCCCUAGUGCUUUCCCGCAUCACGGCUGUACCCACACGCGGGUACAGCCGUCAACGUAUUCCUGCCUGGUGUGAUCGUGUCGUGUGGAACCCCCCCGGGCUGGAACUUAUGACGGGACAGCGCUCUUCAUCUGCAUCUUUGCCGUCUGCCUCGUCCAAGAAUGACGGUAUCCCAGACUCCGCUUCUCGAUACGUGUACCGUUCUUUUGCCCUUGCCCACACUGAUCACGACUGCAUCGUGCUGCUGUUUUAA